GUGAUGCUGGAUUCCGCGGAUUGGAAGGCACGACAGGUCACACCGGGACACCCGGACGGGAUGGUGAGAAGGGACAAAAAGGAAGCACAGGAGAACACGGAGAGAAGGGAAUGAGGGGUUCUGCGGGCGAUGCUGGGCUGUCUGGGAGGGGCGAGAAGGGAGAGAGAGGUGAAAUGGGCUUCCCGGGGGCCACUGGAAUGAAAGGUUCGAUGGGACAACAAGGCUCUCCCGGCCAUCUAGGUCCUCCAGGUGCUCCAGGUUUCAAGGGCGAUUCAGGAUCUCCAGGUCCUAAAGGUGACAGAGGGUCGGAUGGAUCUCCCGGAGCGAAAGGUGACACAGGGGAGAGAGGAGCUCGUGGGCUGCAAGGUGAAGCUGGUCUCAGGGGUCUUCCAGGGGCCAUCGGAGAGCCUGGACGGAAGGGAUUGACCGGUGCUGUUGGUGCAGAUGGACGGCAAGGACUCAGAGGUGAACAGGGACCACGAGGGUUACCGGGAAAUCCAGGGGACCCAGGGGCACGAGGAGAGUCCGGACCUCCAGGGAAGAUCGUCCGUGCUGAAGGGAACCACAACACGGUGUUGGUGCCAGGGCCUCCCGGACCUCAAGGAGCACCAGGACCAUCCGGCCGAGCAGGGGAGAGCAUUGCUGGACCCCCGGGACCACAAGGAUCCGAAGGCCAGAAAGGCUCUUCAUUGGCCGGACCCCCAGGACCCCCAGGACCUCCAGGAACCACUGGAUCAGAAGGACGUCAGGGAUACAAAGGUGACCAGGGUGAACCAGGACUGCCCGGGCUCGCCGCACGAAGUGGAGACUCAUUCCGACUAGGACCCCCCGGACCAGCUGGACCCCCGGGACCUGCAGGACACAAGGGCAACCAAGGUGACCGUGGGGAGAUCGGAAUCCCAGGUGCUCCCGGCAUUCCUGGCCGGUCGGCUCUAGUGACCAGCACCAGAGGGCGAGUACAGGGACCCCCUGGACCACCCGGACCCCCAGGACCUCAGGGACAACCAGGAACGUCGGGCUCAGACUCCAGGAUCAGCAUCCGUCAGGCCGUGAUGGAGACCCUGCAGAGUGACGGAGUGCGGGGUGCGUUGUUGGGCCCCCCAGGUCCCCCCGGUCCCCCUGGCCGUACGGGGCCCCAGGGCGAGCGAGGAAGCCUGGACCGGCUGCAGUAUUCGGACAUCUCCAGCAGAGUCAUCGACUACCUGAGGAAUUCGGGGUCUGGGUUCGGGGAGCGUGGAGCCACUGGCCCUCCCGGACCGCCCGGACCCCCAGGGGCCCUGUCCCGGUCCGACCUGACUGUCUACCUGCAGGACGAGGAUGUGCUGCGUUACCUGCGCGGACCCCAGGGAGCCCGGGGGCCACGAGGAGACGGGGUCAGUCGCACUGAGAUGGAGGCUUACAUCACCGACUACAGCAGAAAUUCGGGGGCUGGGUUUGGGGGGCGUGGAGCCACUGGACCUCCAGGACCGCCCGGACCCUCCGGGGGCCUGUCCAGGGCCGACCUGACCGUCUACCUGCAGGACGAGGAUGUGCUGCGUUACCUGCGGGGACCCCAGGGACCGCCCGGAACCCGGGGGCCACGAGGAGACGGGGUCAGUCGCAUUGAGAUGGAGGCUUACAUCACCGACUACAGCAGAAGCUGGAGGGCCGGCUCUGGACAGCCGGGACCACCAGGACCACCGGGACCACCCGGCAGCCUCUCCGUGACUGGCGACCUCACCGCCCUCCUGCAGGAUGAGAACGUGCGCAAGUACCUGAUCGGCCCCCCUGGUCGCCCCGGGCCCGCUGGCCCCGCUGGACCCGCCGGGAGACCCGGCUACACCGAGACCGCGGGAGUGACCAACAUCCACCUGGACUACGGAGAUAUCACCGCCCGGCUACAGCAGUACCUCAGCAGUUCGGGGCUGAGUCUCGGGGCGAGAGGCCCCCCCGGUCCUCCGGGAGCCCCUGGUUCCGGUUCCAUGUCCAGCAGCCAGCUCCUGGCCCUGCUGCAGAGCCCGCGUUUCAGCGGGGUGAUCGGACAGUCUGGACCAGCUGGACCACGGGGGCUGCCCGGCCCAGCAGGUGCCCCCGGACUGGGAGGGAACCUCCGUGUGGAAGACGUGGUCACCUACCUUCAGAAUUCGGGCUACAGUGUGAGAGGGCCCCCUGGCCCACCAGGACCGGCAGGCGGCAGCUUAGGUUCCGAGGACCGGCAACAGCUCAAGAGCGAGAUCAUCGACUACUUCUCCAGUGACAGAAUGAGGCCCCACUUCGCUGGACCCCCUGGACCCCCAGGGCAGGUUGUAUACUCUGAACUUGCCCCACGAAUGAUCCAGUAUAUGCAAGAGAACGGACUGAUUGAUCCGCGAGUCUUCAGGAGAGGUGCUGGAGGGCACCACGGAGUGCUGUGGAGAGCGGGGACGUACAACAACGACACCAGCCUGGAGGGCUACAUGAGGGAUCACGGCUGGGUCCUCCACACUUCACCCCGAAACUCAGGCGUGCCGGGGGCAAGGGAGUGGCAGCAGUUUGACUGGGUGAAGGUGUUCAAUGGGAACAAGACAGCGUAUGAGGAGUACCUGAGAGACCACGGCUGGGCAGUGUCCACGUCCCACCACUCAGCAUCACCCAGCCAACCCCGCACUGACUGGCAGAGAGUCUUCAACGGCAACAGGACAGCGUACGAGGAAUACCGCAGAGCGUACGAGGCAGCCGGAGGCGAUGGUCAUCUAACACGGGCCGGAACACAGUCCCACCGCGCGUCUGCCGGCUCCUCGCAGGGGGUGGCUGGGUCGGGAGGGCGGCGUGAGGCCGAGGCAUCGUGGAGCUCGUCCCACGGAUCAUCCUCGUCGUCUGGCGGGGUUUGGAGUGAGGGAACCUACAGGAGCGAGGCCGAGAUUAAGGCGCUGAUGAAAGCGCAGCUCGGCGAUGAUUACAAUGCCUGGCUGUCACACUACAACCGGGGGGAGCGGCGGGACGGCGAGCGGAGACACAAAGCUGAAGGUCACACCUCACACCGGCGAGCCCGGAGCAAGAGAGCGGCUGCCCUCAAGUAGUCACCGACCCAGGAACGGAGCGAGGGGAGGGGGCUGUAAACCGCCCCUUAACUCACUCUCCAAUGCAACAGCUUAACGCCAAAAAAAAAAAGCAUGUCUAUCUCUUUUCUCAAAGCCUUUUGUAACAGUGCGGCUCUACUAUACUCAUACACCGCUCUCUCGAUCCACAGUGACCGACCUUACUGCCCAGUGUGCGACAGGCUGGGGUCACCACACUGGCCUCUCUCCUCCACCACCCUCUCAAAGACCCAGUGGGUCAACCCGCCCGUGCGUGAAUCACGACUCUUCACGCUCGCCAGCAGGGGCACCCAGCACUCUGCCUCUCCCCGUGCAUGGGAAAGUCAAAGCUUCACUUCUCCUGUCCCCUCCCCUCACCUACACCGUGCAGCACAAAGUCAAGGGGGGGGGGGGAACAAAACAAGUUACUCCUGGGGAAAGAGGUUGGUUUAGAACUCCAGCUGGGCAGUGGAAGGCCGAGGAAGGUCAGGGAACUGACGCUGGUGAGCCCUGGGGGCGGGGGUUGUCACUCCACACACAGUCACCCAGGGCCCUCACAGCCCCUCCUCCAUCAUUGGGCUGAGGCACGGCGUGGGAAGGCAGGGUCUGUCUGUAUACAGUGGGGGGGGGGGGGGGGAGACAACACCAGUUUACUAUAGACUUUAGAGAUAGAGCAGAAACAGGCCCUUCGGCCCACCGAGUCCGUGCCGACCCAGCGAUCACCCCAUGCACAAGCACUAUCCUACAUACACUAGGGACGAUUUACAAUUUUACAGAGGCUAAUGAACAUACAAACCCGUAUGUCUUUGGAUUGUGGGAAGAAACCGGAGCACCUGGAGAAAAGCCACGCGGUCACAGGGAGAAGGUACAAACUCCACAUAGUCAGGAUGGAACCCGGGGUCUGGUGCUGUAAGGGCAGCAACUCCACCGCUGCGCCACAGUGCCGUUAUCACCAAGAGUGUCUCGAACAAGGGGAUGGUCUCAACACAAGGGGAUGGCCACUGAGGGGCGGGUCGAGAUUUAUCUGGCAGACAGCAGAGAACCUCUGGAAUUGACAGUUGUGGAGGCAGGGUCAUUGGAAGCAUUUAACGGAGCUGCAUACACUUGUGAACGAUCCGGGGACUGAAGGCUUUGGGGAAUUGGCAGGGAGGUUGGAUCACAUUGAACAGUAGGAUGGGUGUGAGAGGCCGAGUGGCCUGCUCCUGUUUUCCCAUGCAGCAUGAAGUGUGGCCAUUCCUGAGGAGCGAAGCCACAUCUGUGUCUUCAGUCACCGCCCAUUCCCUCCCUCCCUCCCUCCAUCUCCGCUCCUGCUUCAGUGCUUCUCUCUGCUGGCAAGGGUCAUGAAUGCAUUUCCUUUCAAAUUCCAGCUGAUGCUUUUACAGCCUGCCUUAUUUAAAUCAUAAAACUUCUUUUAUGGAAUAAAGAUUUUAAAUGAAAUAAAGUGAAA